GCCGCCACUUCUUCUUGCCAGACGAUCGGAUUUGGAUUUGGAUUGUAUCUGCGGUUCAAGAUCACUUAUAAAUACUGUUACCCAUGCUCGGUUCGGUUCUGCGACUAUGGAUACUCUUCGGCUGUUUCUACCGCUUCUUGGCUCUGGCCGAGGUCCUGCAGGAGUGCGACAUUCCCAAUGAGACGAAGAGGGGAGUGUGCCUGGAGGUCAGCAGGUGCAAGGCGUAUCUUCAGGUGCGGAAUGCCACCAAUUUGCCGGCGGAGAAGGUUAAUUUCCUGAAGAAGGUGCAGUGCGAGGUGGAGCAGCAAGUGUCGGAGGCGCAGGGUUCAUACGAAUCCCUGGUUUGCUGCCCGGCGAAUGGCCAGGAUUACCUAUUUCCCGUGCUCCAAUUCUCCAAGUUCGAGUACCGAAGAUUUCUGGAUGUCACCGCUCGAUUCAAGCGGAAGAAACUAAAGCGGCGCAUUCAAACGGUGGAGCCAAGUUCGGGAUUCAAUUUACUCAAUGAGUGCGGCAAACAAGUGACUAAUAGAAUUUACGGAGGGGAAAUCGCCGAACUGGACGAGUUUCCUUGGCUGGCCCUGCUGGUCUACAAUUCGAAUGACUACGGCUGCAGCGGAGCCCUAAUCGAUGAUCGCCAUAUCCUAACAGCUGCCCAUUGUGUUCAAGGCGAAGGAGUUCGUGAUCGCAAAGGAUUAAAGCAUGUGCGUUUGGGCGAAUUCAACGUAAAAACGGAACCCGACUGCAUCGAGGAGCCAAACUAUUUGAGCUGUGCGGAUGCCGCUUUGGAUAUUGCCUACGAAAAGAUCCAUGUGCAUCCGGAGUACAAGGAGUUCUCCAACUACAAGUACAAUGACAUCGCCAUUAUCAGGCUGAAGCAUCCCGUGUCCUUCACCCACUUCGUCAUGCCCAUCUGUUUGCCCAACAAAUCCGAGCCACUGACUUUGGCCGAGGGCCACAUGUUCUCCGUUUCCGGAUGGGGUCGCACGGAUUUAUUCAACAAGUACUUCAUCAACAUCCACAGUCCCAUCAAGCUGAAGCUGCGCAUUCCGUACGUCUCCAAUGAGAACUGCACCAAGAUCCUCGAGGGAUUCGGAGUGCGACUGGGUCCCAAGCAAAUCUGUGCCGGCGGGGAGUUCGCGAAGGACACGUGUGCCGGCGACUCCGGAGGACCUCUGAUGUACUUCGAUAGACAGCACUCCCGGUGGGUGGCCUACGGCGUGGUCAGCUACGGAUUCACCCAGUGCGGGAUGGCCGGGAAGCCGGCUGUUUAUACUAACGUGGCCGAAUACACGGACUGGAUCGACAGUGUUGUGCAGCAGAGGAAAAAGAGCCAACUGACGACGCAGGCCAAAAUGGCUUGACGUCAGAUUUCUUUAUUCUGGGGGAGGAACAAUUGGCGCCUAAUUGAAGUGGGCGGGAUUCCGAUUCAGAUCUGUUUACCUCUACCAUACUUGUAUCUACCGUAUUUGUACAUAUUUUGCUAAUUAUCUAACAGCCAUCAACUAUUUGGUUAAGCGUGUGAGUGAAUGAGUGCGGAAUGUGAGUGCCUGUGCGAGUUAACAAAAGUCUGAAAAACAUGUUUCUAUUUAAAUAAACUACUGAAUAUUUA